AACAUAUUGAACAAUGCUCAGUACAGUGUAUCUGCAGAUAACACAUCACUAAGGACUUCCUUCCACCAAACCUCCACAGCACAAAACCACCUUGUUUCUGAUAAACCACAAGCUCUUCUAUAGAAAAUGCUUUGAGUGGGAAGGGGAGUUUAGUAAGCCACGGUCUAUGUCCUACUUUGACUGAGAGAGCACCUAUUUACUUCCUGAAAGGCAUACUACUUGUAGUUUACCACCACACGGUCUCAUCGUUUAGACAUAGACAGGAAGUCAAACUUAAUCCAUCAAUAUUUUGAAAUGAAAACUCUGUUUCUGCUACACAUCUGUUGGCUGGAAAUCAUCACAGGAAUCAGAGGGGAACCUUCAGUGGACCAGUAUGGGUUGAAGGGGGAUUCAAUAUGUCUGGCUGUUGCAGAACCUGAGAUUCUCAAGGGACUUAAAUGGAAGACAGGCAGUGAUAUAAUAGUUGAUGAUAAAGAGAUUUCUCCUAAAUACAAGGAAAAGGUGGAUUAUAACUCUGUGAACCAUUCUCUGUGUAUAAAGAAUCUGUUGAACACAGACAGUGGAAUGUACAUAAUAAGUGCAAUUAACCAGAGAGACUGGACAUAUUCAACUACCACAUACAGACUAAAGGUGCUGGAUCAUGUUCCCAAACCAGUCGUGGAUGUCACAUCUCUCUUCAACACAAAUGUGGGACUCUGUGACGUCACAGUGAACUGUUCAGUUAAAGAUGGCUGGAUGUUGUCUGUCUGUGGCUGGGGACAGUGUACACUGUCACAACAGUUAAUGUCUCUGUCUGAGGUCAACAUCAUCAUCUCCAAUGGGAACGGGACUAUCCAAUGCUCCAGCAGCAACUACGUCAGCACACAGACCAUCUAUCAACCCAUGGUGGACUGUAUUGGUGAGAAGGACGCCAAAGCUUCAGCAUUAUCAGUCAGGACCAUUGCGGCCAAUAUUGUUCGAUCAGUGAUUGUCUGUGUUGGAUUGGCAGUCACCAUAAUGGCCAUUACCAAGAUCAAGGGAUGGAUAUCCUCAAAAGAAGAUGACUCAACUCAGGAAUUCAUCAUUCAUUCAUUGAAGUCGCUGACACCACAGUGAAUGUUUCAGCAGAGGUGAGGCCAGAACCACUGGGCCCUUCUGAGGUACAAACACUUUACAGAAAUGUGCAGAAACCAGGACAGCAACACUGAAUGGACUUCACCCAAUUCACCAGCAUCUUAUAUGACAGACUGUAAUACCAUGGGACAAUUAUUGAACACAUUUAAUUUAGUACUAUCUGCAGUGUAUCUGCUUAAAGGGAGAGCCGUGUCGGGUCGACUUCCACAACAACUAAGAGCAUUGAAGCAUGAGGCUAAACUCUGCAUGUUUUGAUGUGAAGCACACCCUACACAUGAACAUAUACUCUGUGAGUACAAUGUUUUGCUCUGCGCUUAUCUACAAAUUCUGUGGUUCAUUCUGCUGGUCGUGGCAACAUCAUAUCGCUAUGUCUCAGUUUAAUGCAACUUGUGUUUUAUUUGAAUGUAGGCUCUGAUAGCUCUGCUAGAUAACAUGUUUACCCAGCAGGGAAGUCAUGUGUCCAGAGUGUAUUAUCUCUGAUCUAUCCAGGCUCUGUGGUUUAAACAUUAUCAGGCCCACCGAUCAUUCCACAGCAGUGCACGUGUGUGUGUAAUGUAAGUAUGUUGAGCUCUUUGAUGAGGAGAAAACUUCCCGCUGUGUUGAUUGACUUUUUUUAAUUUUUUUACUUUUUCUACAUUUUGUUACGUUACAGCCUUAUUCUAAAAUGGAUUAAAUUAUUUUUUUC